GUUGUGUUUGUGUCAGUCUUUACGCAUGCGCAUUACAUACCUCCUGCAAUUCGUACUGGUUAACACGCGUGUAUUAAUUUACGUUUUAUAAAAGUCAUUUUUCAAGGGUAGAAGUUUUUUAUAGAGGUAAUAUAAGACAGAGUUUAUAGUAGUAUGGGAGGUCAGGCUAAAAACAAGAAGAAAAAUAAACCCAAAAGGAAAGACAACCGUCAAAAUAGAGAUGGAGGCGUUGUUAAUUUGACACCCCAGGACAGGAUGAAAAUCAGAAUGCAUGAGAAAGCCAAGAAGAAAACAGCURAGAAGUACUCAGCCCAGCAACUCCUAGAGAAGACACAGGAAUGUAUGGAUAGUUUCGACUUUGACAUGGCUGGCCUUUUCUGUCAGCGAGCCUUGGAUGUGGACUCCAACAACCUGCAAGCGCUUGACAUGCUGGGACACAUUUGCUCUGAAUUAGGAGACACACAGAAAGCUAAAGAAGUUUUCCUCCGUGCUGUGGAGUUGAGUCCAGAUGUUGGUCACAGUAAGUACAUGUACCUGGGACAAAUCCACACCGGCCAGGAGGCUGUGGACUACUACACCAGAGGAAUACAAGUCGUUCUGUCUGCUCUAGAGAAACAAGAAACAAUGGCUAAAGCAGCUGCCACAACCGAUGAGAACCACGAGCUCCCUACAGCAAAGGAUGUCAGCGUGGCCUACUGCUCCAUCGCGGAGAUUUACCUGACAGACCUCUGGAAGGUAAAGAAUACCUGUUGAAAAGCGUGGGAACGUGGCUCCCUGCACAGAAACAAGGUGCAGCUUCCUCCACCACAGAAGAAGACACGCAGAAUGAGAUCCCUCCAUACGAGUCUCGCAUCACCACCGCCAAACUGCUUAUCGAGUCCGAGGAAUAUGAGAUGGCCGUAGAUGUGUUGGAAGGUCUCCUGGAGGAGGAUGAUGAAGUUGUCCAGGUGUGGUAUCUGUCUGGCUGGGUUUGCUACCUCCAGUGGGAAAAAGCAAAGGAGCCACAAGAAAGAGAAGUGACGGAGGAGGAGCAGGAGGAGUGGAAGGCAUUGCAAGAAGCUGCUAGAUCAUACCUGACUAAUGCCAAAAAGCUGUACAGUAAGUUACGAUGCGACGACCAGCCCAUGUUGGAACACGUGGAGCAGCUGCUGGGCGAACUGGGAGGAGAGAUGGAGGCAGAGCAAGGAGAGUCAGCCUUGGACGAUGACUAUGAACCUUGUAGUGAUGAAGAAGAGGACAAUGAUGCCGGGGCCCCCAUGGAGCACUGAAAGCCUUUAUCAUAUCCCUGUUUAUUGUGCUUCACUGUAGUUUUUCUGCUCUCUCUGAAGUGCCUUUUUUAAAAAUGUUUUCUCUUUCUCYCUCCUGCUUAUCAAGGAUUAAAUUGAUAUGCACAAACAGAGUGGUAUUAAACUCUACAGUCUACUCAA